CCUGGACGUUUGAGCUGGUCAACCCGCGCCCACAAUUUCUAGUUUUCAACAACUAUUCCACUGAGCGGGGGGGCGUUUGUGUCAUUUCAAAUCUAGUUGUCGGGCUCCAAGUUCCAACACCUACAAGGUCCAACACGUGAUAUUUCUCAUGCGGUAUUUGAAGUUAUUUGAAGGAAACUACAGGGGUAGUGUUGUAAAUUCAGGUGCGGUCAGUGUGCUACGCCUCAGGCACGCCUUCGCUGUUGCUGCGUCGAACCCAAGUUUCUCAUGCGAGAAAAUGACUCCAAGUCAGGAGUCAAGACUCGACAGCCAUUAAUCAAAUCCCACUGUUAUAAAAUUCAAGACCGGCCAAAUUUCUUUGUCAACAAUGCGAAUUUGAUCUGUUUUACAUUGAACGAACAUACCAAAAAUCUUCUAUAUCUUUGAUUUGAAUACUAUGCUCAAUCUUUAAUUCCAUUGCGAUGCUUUUUCUCCAUGAGUUCGGCCAAAUGGGUUCCAAGCUUUUUCAAUCAUUCAUCCGACACUCCCCCAUCACCACCUUCUUCUUCAUCUUCAUCGCCAUUCCUAUGUGCUUCUGCGUUGAUAACCAACAAUAUGAGGAGUGCACAAGUCGUCUGUACGAGUGCGGAGACAUGAAAGGCAUAGGGUAUCCUUUCUGGGGAGAUGGUCGACCCCAAUUCUGUGGGCAACAAGGGUUCGAACUCAAGUGCCAGAAUGAUGAUUACCCUCUUAUAGAUAUUGGUUCUUUGGAAUUCCGAGUACUCAAUAUCAGUAAUUCCACUUAUGCUAUGAGAAUAGCCCGAACGGAUUUCUGGGAUCAAACUUGUCCUAAAGAAUUCCAAUCCACGACUCUCAAUUACACGUUGUUUGAUUAUGCUGGUACCGAUCGAAACCUCACCUUAUUUUACGGUUGCCCCGAUGAGGUGUUGUCCCAACUCCCGGCUACCUGGAAUAUUAGUAAUAAUUUUACAUGCUCAGUUGAAGAUAUAAAUGAUACCACUGCUUUCUACGCGGAUGAAGCGUUUCUGGGGCUUGAUCAGUACCUUGCAAUCCUAAGGACUUGCAAAAUCAACGUCACGCUUCCCGUUCUAGGAGCCGCUAUUGAUGAACUCAAUGCCGAUAGGACAGGGGGCGAAUUUAGUAACGGAGAGAGACUGGAAAAGGCUUUGAAUAUGGGGUUUGAUGUGGAUUAUAGCGUAGUCAGAGGGUUGUGUGUGCAGUGUAAUACGUCCGGUGGAAUAUGCGGAUCAUCCAGCACGUCUCAAUUUAGCUGCCUUUGCCGUGAUAAAUCUUAUCCAUACUCGUGUCAAAAAUCAGGUAUGUUUCCCAUCAGAUUGCUCUGCAUCCAUCAAACUGUGAGGCUUGCUAGGGUUCAUGGGCUUAUGGCAGAAUUGAUAAUUGCGUAACAUGACUUUUGGUCUAUCAAAAGCUAACCUCGUUGCUCGUGGGUUUUGGGAGGGUCAGAUCCGUUGGCCCUGUUCCUUGUUCUAAUUUUCAGUGGUCAUGAAGUAUUGGUACAAAUUCCAAUUCAAAUGUUAUCUCAGGAAUCACCCAUCUCAAUUUUGGAUGGACCACUAUUGAAUCUCACUGGAUUAUGCAUCCAAAUUUAAAAUCUCCCCCUUGAUUAACCUGUCUAGCUAGCUGGAGACAAUUUUAUCUUAUCAGAUCUUCUUAUAUUAUUGGAAUGAAGAUUUUUCCGUGCCAUAGGCUUCCUACUUUUCCAUUAUGAAACCUCUCUAUUCACCCUGGGAACAAAAAAAACAAAGAGCAGUACAUCCGGGAAACACAUCUGAUCAUUGAACAACUUUUUGGGUUCGAUAAGUCUAGCUCUAGAAUUUCUUUGGCAAUGUGGCGGUUUGAUGAAGUCUUGACAAGGUCAAUAGUGAACCUGUGGCUAAUAAACCUUCUACUGUUGUAUGAAUUCAAUGAAUAAAUCUAGAAUUUGCUAUGGAGCCAGUAGGCAGGCUUAUUAAUAAAGGUGUAGAUGUCUCAAACUUUGAAAUUUAGGAGCCUUUAUAAGCUAAGGCCUGCUGAGGCAGGCUGAUCUACCCUUAAAUUCGUACUCAGGUCCUUUAGGCUAAUUUCUGGGAUGUUUCUGCUUCUUGGCUUGAAAUUUAUUUUUUCAGUCAGAAGGUUUUUUCAUCCACAUUAAAUGGUCCCCAUGUACAUCCUUUCUUUGACUGUAAUGAUAAAGUCAAACUUGAUGAAUGGUCAUGAUGCUCAUAUCUGCUUGACUUUUGACUCCAAGGUAGGCCCCAGAAGGGGUGCCUGUCAAGCUGGUGGUUCCAUGGUUGACAUUGACCAUGUCACCACCCAAACUAGAAGAGGAACCUUCAACUUGAAUACCCCUUAAAUGGCCCAAGGUAACAUGAGUUUCCUAGGCAUGUCCUAAGCAUAAUUAUACUUUUUCUGUUCUCUUUGUGCUUUGGUGAGGUAUGAUUACUUCCCAACAUUUUCCUCGAAACCAAACACCAUGUUUUCCAGAUAUGACUACCCUAUUUAAAAUAAGGCCUCCAGAGCUUUUCCUUGACUGUAUUUUAUUGGUAGAACUGUCAAUUUUCUCUGCAGACUUGUCAACUGGGCCAAAGUAAAUGAAUUGAGUUGAGAUUUCGUGAAUCUAGAUAAGUUCAAGUUAAAAAAUGAUUUACAUCACAAAAUAUAAUAAUAUCCAUUUCUGAUAUAUACAGCAUCAUGGUUUCAAGUUAGAUCCAGGUCCAAGCUGGACAUGAUUGCGAAUAGGUCAAUCUUGCAUCGGGUUUUGGAGUGCAUGAAUCCAAUCUAUUA